AUGGAUAAAAUUGAACAAAGAGCGGUGAUAAAGUUUCUUCAUAUGGAGGACAUGAAGGGGAAAGACAUCUAUGACGAGUUAAAGAAUGUUUUGGGUGAAUGUGCUUCUUCUAGUGCCACAGUUAAAAUCUGGGUGGCUGAGUUUAAGCGCGGUCGUACAUGUGCCCAAGAUAAAGUCCGCCCCGGACGUCCAAAAAGCGUCACGACUCCGGAAAUGGUUGUGAAAGUACAUGAUAUAGUUUUAGCAGAUCGACGAUUGAAGUUAUCUGAAAUAGCUGACACUGCAGGUAUCUCAAAAGAACGGGUACAUCAUAUCCUAAGUGAGGAAUUAAAUAUGAAAAAGUUAUCGGCUCGUUGGGUGCCGCGUUGGGUGCACACGAUCAAAAAAGGAUUCGGUUGCAAAACUCAAAAGAAUGUCUGGACCGUUUUCAGAGUAAUAAGGCCGAUUUUUUACGUCAAUUUGUAA